AUGGUAUUUACAUAUUUGUGUUCUGCUGACUACAACCAAGGUGCUGAAUGUUUUCCUGCAGUAGCAAGGGGAAGGCAGUGUGUUCCAAGUUGUCUUAUGUUCUUGUUAACUGCCACAUACAUAAAACCAUGUACAAGUUUGAAAACUGUUGAUUUAAAUGAUAUUAUGUUUGCUGGCAGCUUCUUGUACUGUGCUCUGUACCAAUUAGGAAUAGCUUCUGAUUUUGUUGAUCCACAAAGAAUACCUGAGCGUAUUUCAUACCAAAAGAAAACAAUGUUUGUAACUCACAAGAGUGUUUUGUCUGGGUUUAUGAAACAUCAUUCACUAAUAGAUAACCAAACAUACUAUUCUCUGCAAAAUGCCUUAUUAAUUUCUUCUGAAAUUGGAUCAAAUUCUAUCAUUGUAUUUAAAGGUGUUUCUGUUGGAAUACAUAAACAUGGGUCUUCAUUUUACAUCUUUGAUAGCCAUUCUCGUGAUGAAUAUGGAUUAAGCUGUUCAAACGGAAGGUGCAUUCUAGCAGUUCUGGAUUCUAUCCAGGGAUUAAUUACAUACUUGCAGUCAUUGUCAAGUUCUUUAGGUAUACCUGAAAGUGACAUUCAAUUUGACUUGCAUACUUUUAAAUUCAUAACCAGAUACAAACAUACCCCAUUUUGUGUAAUUAUUCUUGAAAAUAGAAUGGGUUUUAGAAUUGAGACCAUCUAUAGGCGGAAGCGUCUGCAUGACAAAUCAAAUGAACUUAAAGAAUUGCGGCAUUUUUUAAGCAAACGACCUUUGAUAGGUUUUGUAGAUGAUAGGAAUAUAAACUGCAUUCCAGAAAACAGAUCAUGCUCUGAAAAUACAGUUGCAAGUGAACUUUUAGAUUCAGUAAUUUCGCAGUUUGAUAAGCUUGUUUGUACUGGUCCAAAUUAUGUUUGUUCAUGUUGCACUCAAACAUUUUUCAAACAUUACAUGAAAAAUGUGGAAAACUUAUCUGAUGCAAAUAAGUCUUCUUUGAAUAGAUAUCUCACACAAAGAAAGAGUGUAGGCAACAAAGAAUGGGUUUGUCAGCUUUGUUUUGAUCAUGCACGAAAUGGAAAAGUACCAAAGUUUUGGGUAAAAAAUGGGUUGCAAUUUCCUGAAAAACCAGCAGAGCUUGACCUCUCAAAUUUGGAAGAAAGACUUGUUUCUCCUAGGUUACCAUUUAUGCAACUACGUGAAAUGCCUAGAGGUGGCCAGGUUAACUUGAAAGGAAAUAUUGUAAAUGUACCUGCUGAUGUCAAUAGUACAAUUAAGUCGUUGCCAAGAAUGAUCAAUGAAAAUGAAACAAUUAUGUUGAAACUGAAACGCAAAUUAUCAUAUAAACAUCAUGUUGCAUUUGAAAACGUCAGACCAUACAAAGUUUUUGAAGCGGCAAAAUGGUUGGUGCGUAACAGUUCAUUAUUUAAAAAUGAAGGUAUUGUUGUAAAUGACACUUGGCUGCAACAACCAUUUGAAAUAACCAUGUUGUCUGAGCAGGAAAAUAAUGAUGAAGUCACCUCUGAUGAUAGUAAUAAUAAUGUUGACCAGUGUGAAUCUGAUUGGAUUGAAGAAAAUUUUAUGGACAGACCAACAGGAAAUCUUGACACCUUCUUGCAGUCACUGGAUUUCAGAGAAUUUAACCAGAUCUUGUCUGUUGCACCAGGAGAGAAAAGUUCCCCCAUUGGGUUAUUUCAAGAUUAUCAUUCAGAGGUACUCUCCUUCCCUACACUAUACUGUGGUCAGGCUCGUAAAGAAAAUUCAUCACGUUUUGUUCAGGUGCAUUACAGUGAUAUUUGCAAAUGGGAAUUAAGAAAUGUUGAUAGGCGUGUGGCAUUAUGUGUACCAAACAUCUUCUUUAAGUUGAAAAGGCUACAGAUAAAGCAGAUUAGAGACAAAGUUUUCCUUGCAAUACGUAAAUGCAAGACAAGAGGUGUUACUUUAACUGCAGGUGACAUACUUACACCCGGUUUUAUAGAUAAACUUACAAUGCAGAAUGAUGGUUACAGAGUGCUUAGAACACUGCGUGGUUCGCCACCUUAUUGGGAAGCAGCAAAGAAAGAUGUUUUUGCUAUGAUACGCCAGCUUGGGAUUCCAACAUGGUUUUGCUCUUUUUCAGCAGCUGAAACUAAGUGGCUGCCAUUAUUAAAGUCUUUAGCAAAGCUCGUCAAAGGAAGAGAUUUAUCUUCUGAAGAAGCAGAGGAAUUGACUUGGCAAGACAAAUGCAUGUUGAUCAAGUCUGAUCCAGUUACCUGUGCUCGAUUCUUUGACCACAGAGUUCAAAUAUUCAUUAAACAUGUCUUGAAACAUCAGUCACAACCAAUUGGAGAAAUACUUGACUAUUUUUACAGAGUUGAAUUUCAACAGCGUGGUUCCCCUCAUAUUCAUAUGAUCAUAUGGAUUAAUGGUGCCCCAAUUCAUGGAAAUUGUUCAGAUUCAGUAGUAGCUGAAUUUGUUUCAAAAUAUGUUUCAUGUGACAAUGAUAACUCAAUGCCAACAUUGAUCAAUUACCAAACGCAUCGACAUGCUCAUACCUGUCAAAAAAAUGGCAAAGCAAUUUGUCGCUUCAAUUUCCCUAUUCCUCCUAUGCCUGAAACAGUUAUUCUCUAUCCAUUGGAUGAAAAUGAGAGAAAUUUUGGAGUUGAAGCAUAUGAGAAAGUGAUAUCUUUUCUCAAUGACCUACAUAAGUCACAAAGAACUGAGUUAGAAUUCAAUGAUUUCCUUGCUGAGCUUGAGCUUGAUUAUCAAUCAUACCUUCUAAUAAUCCGCUCUUCUCUAACUAGACCAAAAAUAUUCUUAAAACGCUCAGUUUCUGAAAGUCGCAUUAACAUGUAUAAUCCAGUUUUAUUGAAAUGCUGGAAAGCAAAUAUGGACAUACAAUAUGUUUUGGACGCAUAUUCUUGUGUUUCUUACAUUGUUUCAUACAUUUCUAAAGGUCAGAGGGGUCUAUCUAACCUCCUUAGAGAUGCUUGUAAUGAGGCCAGAGAGCUAGAUAGUGAUGUGAGACAACAAGUAAGGAGGAUUGGUAACCAAUUCUUGUCAAGUGUUGAAAUUGGUGCACAGGAAGCAGUUUAUCUAACUCUUCAAAUGCCACUGAGAAGGUGCACAAGGGAUAUUGUAUAUGUUGAUAGUAAUAAACCAGAUGAAAGAACAUCUCUUAUCAAACCUUUAACAGAAUUGAAAGAACUUCCAUUAAAUUCCAAAAGCAUUGAAAUGGACAACAUGUUGAAGAGGUACAAACGGAGGCCAAGGAUUUUGCAGCAACUUUGUUAUGCUGAUUUUGCCUCUUGGUACGAUUUGUGUAGCGAGAAAAAAGGGGAACAGGUACCAGAUGAAAAUGAUGAAACUGAAUUGCCAGAGACUGUCUAUCAGUAUGAGUCAGAGGACAAUAUUUUGGAUUUCAAUGAAAUUGACAGAGGAAAUGUUAUAACAUUUGCAUGUGGUACAAAAGUAAGGCGAAGACAAAAACAGAAAGUGAUAUAUAGUAAUGUCACCUCAAUAAAUCAAGACAAAGAAGAACAUUUCCGACAAAAGAUCAUGUUAUAUACUGCCUGGCGAGAUGAGGAAAAGGAUUUGAUGGGUGGGUUUGAGACCUUUGAGCAAAGCUAUCAUGCAAAGGGAGACGAAAUCAAUGUUAAUAAAUCUGUUUAUGAGAAAAAUGCUGAUGUUGUUGAAAAUAUACUGGAAAACAUUGCAUCAGAAGUAAUAGAUACAUCAAUUAAUCCACAGGCACAACAUGAAGAUAUGUUAGAUUCAGAUGAAUGUCCAUCUCAAUCAGCCACUUUUGGUUGUUUUGACCCUGGGGUUGCUUCAGCAGUAGAUGAAGGUUAUGACCUUGGUGAAGAUUUAGGUAUAAGUAGAAAGCGUGCUUAUACGACACAGUGUGUAACAAAUGAAAUGGACGAUGCAGAAUAUUUGCAAUGUGUACAAAAACUUAACAUAGAACAGAAAAAUAUAUUUUACCAUAUUUUGCACAAAGUCAAGACACAGUCUUUACCAUUUUAUACAUUUCUUUCUGGUGGGGCAGGUUGUGGAAAAUCUGUUGUUGUUCGUGCACUUAAUCAGGCCCUUUUGAAAUAUUUCAAUCAUUUGCGUCAUGAAGACCCUAAUACUCAAAAGUUACUGUUGUGUGCUCCGACUGGAAAAGCUGCCCACAAUAUUGGUGGAAGCACAAUACAUUCAUCAUUCUGCAUUCCAGCAAACCAAAGUUUUCAAUUCAAACCUCUUGAUAUGCAGCAGUUGAAUACAAUGCGAGCACUUUAUCGUGACCUGAAAGUUAUAAUAAUUGAUGAAAUCUCUAUGGUUGGUCGUGGAAUGCUGAAUUAUAUAAACUUGAGGUUGCAGGAAAUUAAAGGUUGCACCAAAACAUUUGGAAACGUCAGUGUUCUUGCAGUUGGUGAUCUGUAUCAAUUGAAACCUGUCCUUGACUCAUGGGUUUUUUCCCAAGUCUACAAUUCAGUACAGCUUCAGUCAUUAGGCACAAAUAUAUGGGUUGAUUUGUUUGAAUUCUUUGAAUUGAAAGAAGUCAUGAGACAGAAAGAUGAUCAAGAAUUUGCUCUUCUUCUAAAUAGAUUGCGAGAAGGAGAACACACAGAAGAGGACCUGCUUGUGUUACAGGACAGACAAGUUGCCAACUUUGGAGUAAUGUUAGUUCUUCAAUUCAUAAUAGAAUUCUUUCAAGAAUACCUUUAG